GGAAGCUGCGAUCUGCAGCAUCCAGCAUCCAUCUGAAAUCUCAGGAAAAGGUGGAGUAGAGCUGUCAUUCCCAAGGUGAUGCUGGUAACAGCAGCAGAAAGGAGACGAGGAAAGCCGGAAAACGAGGAAGAGGCAGAAGAGGCAUCCAUGAUGGGCACACCUCUACGGAGGAAAGCCCCGGCAUAUGAGAUGGCUGAAGCUGAACUUCAUAAGGAAAGGCUCCAAGCCCUGGCGGAAAAGCGGAAAAGACAAGCCGAGAUAGAGGACAAAAGAAGACAACUCGAUGAACUUGUUCUACAACUUCAACAUUUCAAGUCUAAAGCCAUGAGGGAGAGAUGGCUUCUGCAGGGGACACCAGCAGUGCCACAAGAGGGAGAUGAAGGUCGGAGGAAACAGGUCGAGCAAGAUGAACUUCACGUCAAGACACUAGAAGAUUCCAUUCACAGAUUGGAAUCAGAAAUCUGUCUUUUGGAGAAUGAAGAAUCACAGAUUUCAGCUAAAGAGCAAGUUCUCAGAGAGCGACUGCGGGAAACAGAGAGAUCUAUUGAAGAUCUACAGAAGAGUCUUCAGAAGCAAGAUGGGGAUGCGGUGAAUUACAACUGUUCCCAGAACCUCCCAGAGCUGAUUUCCCAGUCUCCCGUCACAGCUUCAGGGGAUCAACAACAGCCAAGAAAAUCUGCAUUAUACGCCAUGGAGAUCAGUGUCGAGAAGGACCGAAAAACAGGUGCCACCAAAAUCCUCUCGGCCUCAGCAGUCAGCCCACAGGACGCUCACCAGAGGGGCGUCAAAGUCUAUGAUGACGGUCGCAAAGUGAUCUAUGAAGUGCGUUCUGGGGGAUCUACUACACUGGAGAACGGCACGCACCCCUGGAGUCCUGGCGAGGUGAACGAGUUCAUGCAGCAAGUCGGCAAGACCAAACCACAAAGUGACACCGCAGUGGUCACUGUCACACUGGCUGAGCCCCAGCCAAUGGGAGGACAGUUGAGCUCCAUGGAGGCCAAACAAGAUCAAAAACAAUCUCCUAGGAAAGGCUACGAAGUUGAGGUCACGGAGACUCCUCAAGCCUCAGCCGACAAACCAGUGACCAUGAUCUUCAUGGGCUACCACAGUGUAGAGGACGAGGAGGAAUCCAAGAAGCUGCUUGGCUUCGAUGGCACCAUCAAAGCCGAGAUCGUCCUCAUCGAUGAGGACGAUGAGAAAUCUCUUCGGGAGAAGACCGUCACUGAUAUCUCCACCAUCGACGGCAAUGCCGCAGACCUCGUGUCGGGCCGGCCUCUGUCAGAGACCACCGAACUGUCUUCAGAAGGCAAAGAUGAAAGCUCGACCAAGGAACUGCCACCCACAGGCAGUGAGAAGGCACGUUCGGUGCUGCUGACGCCAGAGAACGGACUGUAUCCUACAGCCACAGCACGACCUGCUCACACUCUGAAGCCCCCUGUACACUCAGAGGAUGACAGUGAGCUGAAAAGAGAGAGAAGCCUGAAGACUGUGAGUUUUUUCGAUUCUGUAAGUGUGAUAUCCAGUGGUGAGAUCAAUAUGGAGCUUGAAGAUCAGACCGAGACCCAGCAAAGUUAUGUGAGCAGUGGGCAGAACAUAGUGAGGCAUGGAGGAGAAGGGAUGGACAGUGAAGUUGCCAAGGAAAUCCUUUACCUUGAUCAGGUCCUUGAGGACAACUGUGAUCCCAGGGCAGAAAUUACUUCAAAUGGGACAAGUUCCCCUGAUAUUAAGUCAGUUAGAGUUCAUGGAACUGGACCAUCUGUGAAUACUUGUGACACAUCUCCCUUACACAACCAUGAUAUUGUUUUAGAAGGGAAGAAACAGACCACUUUUGUUGAUGAUGAUUUCAACACCAAACCAAACGGCCAUGCAAUGGACUGUACACCUGAAUCACCUAGGACAGCAAUCAAAAAAGAGGCACGUUUUGAGCUCCGACCAUUUCACGAAGAGAAGAAACCAUCGAAGCUAUUUGACACUACAGCUGAGAAAGUUCAGGUGAAGAAAGUCAGACCCUCGGAGGAGAUUGCAGAGCUAGAGAAGGAAAGGCUGGAACUCAUCCGGGGUCAAGCAGUCAAGAAAAAUCCUGGAAUUGCAGCAAAAUGGUGGAACCCACCUCAGGAUAAGACACUGGAAGAGGAGCUGGAGCCGGACCAACUGGAGUCACUUCGAAGAUAUGAGGAGAGGAAGCAGAUGAAAACAGAAGCCAACCGCAUACCACAGGCUGCACCCAGACAGACAACUUCCUAUAUCCAACCUGAAAUAGGAAAUAGGGAGGAUGUUGUCAUGGAAGAGAUUGACUUUUCUGCAGCACGCAAGCAAUUUCUGCAGAUGGAACAUAGCAAGCAGCCCACAGCUCCCAAGAGGAACGUGGCACCACAGCUUUACUCUGCCAAACCUUUCUUCAGGACUCCAGAGGUCACACAUGUAGAAAGGCCAUGCGGUUCUGUCACAGUUGCCAAUCAAGAAGGGGUCACAUCACACGAUGGAAGUGAGGUUACUACAGUCAAAGCUGAAAAGAUUUACUGCUGCUCUGGAGAAUCUGCCACACCACCAAAAGAUGGUUUGGCUCAGAACGAAUUGAAAUAUGAUGAAUUUACUUGCGCCCGGGCAGUAAUGACUAUUGUGAAGGAAGAGGACUCUGAUUUGUGUCAACACUCUUUAAACAGCUCCUACCAUACGGAAGAAAUCGACUCUGGGUUAGAUGACCUAUCGCUCCGGUCUCAGGACACAACUGUACUUGAGACGCUCUCCAAUGACUUCAGUAUGGACUACAUAAGUGACAGUGGUGCAUCAAAUGAGACCAUGAGUGCCUAUUUGGAAAACUCUCUUGGGGAAUACUCUUUUCCUUCAACACCAGUGUCCACUACACCAAUCAAUGGAAAGCAUGAAAGUGGAAUCAAAUCCCCAUGUGAACAGAGUGGGUCUUAUCAGGCAUAUGGCUUGACAGAAGAGGAGCUGGAAUACCAUGCUGGGAUUCUUGUCCAAAAUGCUAUCCAGCAUGCCAUUGCUCAGCAGAAUGACGAAUGGGAGCCUCUUCAGGCCACACAACAUUCGUCCCCCAUUCUCGAGAGACAUGUGGAAAGUGCUGAACCACAAUCCCAACCCCUGGUGGAAAGAUCUGCUGUCACGCCACCUCCCAAAGUGCCAUCCCCCCUAGAGGAGAAGAAAACAAUUGCUCCUCAGAUAACUGUAGUUCAAGCUGCCCCAGUUAUCCCAGUGAACACUUAUAAACCUCCCAGUCCUUCUCCACCACCAAGUGAGAAACCAGAAUUCAGCUAUUUCAGUAAGUACUCUGAAGCGGCAGAGCUCAGGAGCACCGCAGCUGUCACUCGUGCUCAGGAAACGGAGGUCACAAUAGGACCGUUCAAGCUGCGGUCACGCAAACAAAGAACCCUGUCCAUGAUCGAAGAGGAGAUUCGGGCGGCCCAAGAGCGCGAGGAAGAGUUGAAGAGACAACGACAGGCACAAACAUUGCACCUGCCCUGUACACAGAAGCUGAAGACCAGCACACAGCCAAACAAGCUGGUCCUUGCGGGGAAGACAGCACCAGGUAAGAUAGAGAAGGUUCGUCAAGUUCCUCCAGCAUCGCCGUGCUCUUCAGAUGGAGCUCUGCCUUCGCCGCUGUCUGAUCUGGGCAGUGAUGAUUCUGGAGGACAGCGACCCAAGAACUUCAUGCAGACUUUGAUGGAGGACUUCGAGACACACAAGGUCAAGCGCCGAGAGAUAUCUGAGGACAACAGUUAUGUCCGCUCAGUUACAACUGAGGUUCUGGAGGCAACACGUGUCACUCGCAGAAAAAGUAACAUGGCCCUCCGGUGGGAGGCGGGAAUCUACACCAACCAGGAAGAGGCUGAGGAAGAGGAAGAGGAAGAGUAAACCAAACUUUCUCUGUACAAGAAGGAGAAAGAGAGGGAAAACAUGCAGCAGGACAAACACAAGUAUUUAUUGGGAAUCCAAACCCCAGCCGCAAUUCACAACUCUCUCAAGAUUUGUUUCUGGACCCUAUGGGAAAAAACACUUCUCUUGACACUGAAGACUAGAGAUAUUAUACCGCUUCACAUUUUCACUACCAAGUUACUGCUUUUUCUUUUGUGCUGAUACGUUUUGAGAAAGUGGAAUAUGCCAAGAUGAGCAUUGGGAUUUUUGGCAUAAAUGUAAGAUAAGUGUGAAGAUAAUAUUGUAUUUGGAUUUCACAUACAGAGUUAUCAUUGUGUGGCUAAGGACAUUGUUAAAAGAAUGUUAAAUAUGGGAUAAUAUUCUAUUAUUAGAAGAAGGAGCUUGGAUAUAGAUGAUAGCAUGAUGAUGUCUGAUUUCUAGUUAGAUUCUUGACAUUUCGACUCUGAAAUGUUAAUCAGGAUUGGUGCCAUGUAUAUGAGUUCAGCUAUGAGCCCAUUUAGAAAGCAGAACUACACAAUGUCUCUUGCAGUGUCCGAAAGGGCAAAAUACUGUUAUUUGUUUUCCUGUUAAUCCCAUCGUCACAUGAUCAGCCUGUAGGGAUAACCACUCGUUUUCCCAGUUUUGCCAUACAGUUAGUUCAUAGAGAAGCUUUAAUGAGGAGGACAAAUGAAAGAAACAUUCACACCACUGAAAGAUGUUGUGAGGUUCGUAAAGGCAGACAGACUGAUAAUACAAUAAAUCCAAGCAGAAGAGGA